CAAAUAAUAAUAGUGGAAAAAGAAGCUAAGUUUGGGAAAGCCAUCUCAAUCCUAUCCAUUUAGUCUUCGGAUCACCUAACCCUAAAGCAAAAGCAACCGGUUUCUCUUCCUCCCUCUAUAAUCUCGUUCAAUAUCUUUAUAAUUUGUAGUUGAAGUUGUUUUUAGGGGAUGGCGAAGAGUUCUUUCAAGCUCGAGCAUGAUCUUGAGAAGAGAAAGGCUGAGGCAGCGAGGAUCAGGGAUAAGUACCCAGAUAGAAUUCCGGUAAUUGUGGAGAAGGCAGAGAGAAGCGAUAUACCAAAUAUUGACAAGAAGAAAUAUCUGGUUCCAGCAGAUUUGACAGUAGGGCAGUUUGUAUAUGUAAUUCGCAAGAGAAUAAAGCUAAGCGCAGAGAAGGCAAUAUUUAUCUUUGUCGACAAUGUGCUUCCACCUACAGGGGCUGUGUUGUCUACCAUUUAUGAAGAGAAGAAAGACGAAGAUGGCUUUUUAUAUGUAACCUACAGCGGAGAGAACACCUUUGGGGGGCUUCAGCCUUGAACUCUGGGAUGACUCUCGUCUGCGUUUCUACUUGGUCUCUGUUUUAAUAAAAAAAAAAAAAAAAUCAAUGUAUCCCCAGGGGAGGCUCCUUAACAAGUGAUUUGAUGAAACUCUGUACAGUGUGCACUCUGUGUAUAGUUUUUAACAGGUGGAUCAGAUAUUUUGGAGAAAACAAUUCAUAUGGCUCAAAAUAAUAUUAAUUAUCUUA